AUGAGUUACUACAAUCAUCAACAAGCUCCAGUGGUAUAUCCUCCACCUCCGGCGGCUCAAGUUUAUCCUCCUCCGCAGCCGCCUCAGGCUCAACCGUACUAUCCUCCUCCAGUCCAGGGUCCGUAUGUUGUCCCACCGCCUGUUGUUUACCCCAUGAAAGCUGGAGCCGGAGCACCCCACCAACGCCCACAACCUGAAGAAACUAAACGUAGGGGAAGUGGAUUCUGCAGAGGAUGUUGUGCUGCCUUGUGUUGCUGCUGCCUCCUAGAUUGCUGCUUUUGA